AUGUUCAGCCGCUCAGGAUACCAGGCGCUUCCCUUGGGAGACUUCGACCGCUUCCAGCAGUCCAGCAUCGGGCUCUACGGUGCCCAGAAGGGCUUCUUCUCCUUUGGAUCCAAGCAAGACCCUCUGGGGCCGGCCGGGAAUACCGCAGACUCCUCCCAGGGUUGGCUGUCCUGGAUCUGCCAUGGCAUUAUCACCUCCUUGGUCUUCUUGCUGAUGAUUGUCACCUUCCCCAUCUCAGGAUGGUUUGCCUUGAAGAUCGUGCCCACCUACGAGCGAAUGAUCGUCUUCCGCCUGGGCCGUGUCCGGGCACCGCAGGGACCUGGCGUGGUCCUGCUGCUGCCUUUCAUCGAUCACUGGCAGCGAGUGGAUCUGAGGACCAGGGCGUUCAACGUGCCCCCCUGCAAGCUGACCUCCAAGGACGGGGCGAUCAUCUCCAUGGGCGCCGAUGUCCAAUUCCGGGUGUGGGACCCUGUGUUGUCCGUCAUGAUGGUGAAGGACCUCAUCGCGGCCACCCGGAUGACAGCGCAGAAUGCCAUGACCAAGACCUUGAUGAAGAAGAGCCUCUGUGAGAUCCAGGUGGAGAAGCUGAGGAUCGGGGAGCAGCUGCUGCUGGAGAUCAAUGACAUGACCAAGUCCUGGGGCCUGGAGGUGGACCGGGUGGAGCUGAGCAUGGAGGCUGUGCUGCAGCCACCCCAGGAGAACCUGGUGGGCCCUCUGGCCACCGUGCCACCUGUCCCUGGGCUGGAGGGGUUGGAUGGCACCAUUCAGCAGCUGGCUGCCCAUUUCUUCAGCAACACUCUGGCUCUGGCAGGCAGCAGGACCGGCGCUCCAGAGGCAGACAGCAUGGAGACAUUGAAUGAGGUGGAGCCUUCCACUGCUCCCCUCCUCGCCACCACCGGCAGCGCCCGGAGGAAGCCCAGUGCAGACGAGCUGCUCUCAGCGGUGGAGCCCAUCCUCUCUGAGGCCCUGGUCGGCCAGGUGGGAGCAUCCUACCAGGUCAACAUCACCCUGCCCAGCGGCGCCCAGAGCACCUACUUCAUAGACCUCUCCUCAGGCAGCGGACGAGCUGGCCACGGCGUGCCCGAGGGCAGCCCCGAUGUCAUUCUGGAAGUGGCGGAGGAAGACCUGCAGGACCUCUUCUUGGGUGACCUGCGUCCCUUGAGUGCCUACAUGAGCGGGAAGCUGCAGGUGAAAGGCGACCUGCACCUUGCCCUGAAGCUGGAGGAGCUCGUCAAGGCGAUGAAGCAACGCAGAUAG